ACGCACCGAUCACGCUGCCGUCGAUGGAAGGCGAUUUCGUGGCCUUCCUCGGCGCCAUCGGCGGCGUCCUCUACCUCACGCAGGCCGAGCGCCUCCGCCCCAACGUCGACCUCAUGGUGUUCAUGUACUACCUCGACCUCAUUGGCGCCGGCAUCCUCCUCACGCUCCUCGUGUGCAUGGGCGUACCCCUCGAGCUCUCGAUGGACCCCACGGUCGGUCUCUACGGCUGGAUGACGCCGGCGGCAAACCGCCUCCCAGUCGCCCUCUACAUUGUGUUCGUCUGCGAUUUCAUUGGCACCAUGGGCUACGUCCGCGGCCUCUACUAUUUCGAGCCGAUCGUGAUCUCGAUGGUGAUGCUCCUCGAACCCAUCAUCGCGACCGUCAUCGGUAUUCUCGCGCAGGUCGAAGCGAUCCCAGGCCUGCUCACGCUCGGUGGCGGCCUCCUCGUGCUGGCGGGGACGGCACUCGUGAUUUUGAGCUCGCCCACCAAGGCCUCCGACGCCGACGAUGUCGAGAAGGCUCGACUGACACCGCCGAAGCGGUCGCUCUCCGACUCGGUGACAACGAUUCAAGUAUGACUGCGCCGAUCGGUG